ACAUUGACCCCGUUAUGUGACUUCUCUGUCGGCAUCAACAAGGAUAAAAACAAAUAUGAGCUGCUCUCAUCACAUAGACGUUGCGUCAUAUGACUCCAGGUGCUCCCCACUCUCCUACAGAGAAUGAGCUAGAGAAUGGCACACAUUAAGGCACCAUCAUCUGCAUCCAUGUGUGACUCUUCUUUUUCGUCUGUGCUACCCGCUCCUGCCACAAGUACCAGUCAGAUGAGUGUGCAAAGCUCCCUGAAUGGAUCUGCUACAGAAUUACCCGCAGAUAGCCCCAUCGAAAGUCUUGUGGAUUCAUCAUCCUCUGUUAGCUCGCCAGGCGUGGCCAGGGAAGAAGGGCCAGCCAAACUCUUGGAAGUGCCUCUCCAUGAAAACAUGACAAACCCCAAAGAGAAAACGCCAAUGUGUUUGGUGAAUGAGUUAGCCCGCUUUAAUAGGAUUCAGCCACAAUAUAAACUUCUAGAUGAAAGAGGACCAGCGCAUUGCAAGUUAUUUACAGUUCAGUUGACACUAGGUGAUCAAACAUGGGAAGCUGAGAGCACUAGCAUUAAGAAGGCGCAACAUGCUGCAGCGAGUCUAGCAUUAUCUGAGACCAGACUCCCCAAACCGGCUCCAAGACAGACAAAAAAUAUCCUUAACAAUAACCCAAAAGCUGCUCAUCUGCAUCGAAUUAAAUACUCUUCAGCAAGACUCUCUGCUAAAGGUAGCAUAACACCAACUGUUGAGCUGAAUGGUCUUGCAAUGAAGCGUGGUGAGCCGGCCAUCUACAGGCCAUUGGAUCCAAAACCACUACCAAAUCACAGAACGAACUACAACUACAGGGGGAUGUACAACCAGAGGUACCUUUGCCCAAUGCUUAAGACUUUUUAUGUUCAGCUAACUGUGGGAAACACUGAAUUUUAUGGAGAAGGCAAAACCCGCCAGGCCGCAAGACACAAUGCAGCACUGAAAGCUCUGCAUGCCCUGAAGAAUGAACCGAUACCAGAGCGGUCCUCAGUGAAUGGGGAGACAAGAAGCCCAGAUGAAGAUAAAGAUGCCAACAAGUCCGAAAUCAGUUUGGUGUUUGAAAUUUCCUUGAAGCGUAACCUGCCUCUCAGCUUUGAGGUGACUAAGGAGAGCGGCCCUCCGCACAUGAAGAGCUUUGUUACAAAGGUGACAGUGGGCGAGUUCACUGCGGAAGGUGAGGGCAACAGUAAGAAGCUGGCAAAGAGACGGGCAGCUGCCGCUGUACUGCAAGAACUGAGAAAACUCCCUCCUCUCCCUGUGAUUGAGAGACCAAGGCUUUACAUAAAACGGCGCCCCAAAACCAUAAUUAAGGCCUCCCCAGAAUACGGCCAGGGAAUGAAUCCAAUUAGUCGCUUGGCUCAAAUCCAGCAGGCUAAGAAGGAGAAGGAACCUGAGUAUGUAUUGCUGUCAGAAAGAGGAAUUCAGCGCAGAAGAGAAUUCAUUAUGCAGGUAAAGGUUGGAGAAGAAACAGCCACAGGAACGGGACCCAACAAGAAGACCGCAAAACGUAAUGCUGCUGAAGCCAUGUUGCUGCAACUCGGCUAUAAAGCUUCAACUCCUGUUGCAGAGAGUGCUGCGAAGCAAGGUGAUCAGGCCUGGGCAGACCAAGGUUCUGGGGCUUCUGAUCAAUCAAGCACUCCGAAAGGAAUUCUUCAUCUUUCUCCUGAUGUCUAUCAAGAAAUGGAAGCCAGCCGCAGUAAGACUGUCUCCACUCCUCCCGCUGUCAAUUAUCUGUCGCCCAAAGAAUUGAACCAGACGUCCAGCUCAUAUUUUAGCACGUCGGUAACCCAAAGUUGCACAUCUGCAGUUGCCAGAGAGCUCCUGACCAAUGGCAGCUCCCCCGCUGCAGAGUCGGUUGGAUUUUCAGGCAACAACUUGACAAGUUCCAGCUCCACUGUACAACCUUCCAAGCAGCUCGAGUAUUUGGCAGGCAUUCAAGGCUUACAGGUAAAUUAUAGUGAUCGACAGAAUGGGAAUGAAUUCUUCACUUGCUUGACUCUUUUGCCAGUGCAGAUGACAUUCCAUGGCAUUGGCAACUCUGUGGAAACCAGCCAUGAUCAGGCAGCUUUAAGUGCCUUGAAGCAGUUUUCAGAACAAGGACUAGAUUCCGUGGAAGGUUCUCUCAUGAAAGAAAAUGGACCAUUUGAACAAGCCAAGCACCGUGGAGAGAAAGCAGACAAUACGCAGGCUAACUCAGGCACCAGCGCUCAGGACUGCAAGGAUUCAAAGGCCGUCGUCUAGGAGCUUCCCGGCGGCCGCUGCAUCCUUAUAAACCUGUCAACACGCAAUAGGGUGUACGUGUACUAGGAAACGAAUCACUAAUACCAUUAAACAAGUCUUAUGUGAAGACAACACUAUCCUAAAGCAAGAGAUAAUACACAGUACUGUUUAUAUUAAGAGGGGGAUCUAUUAGCGUAAAGCACUUCCCCUGCAAUUUGAGACCACAUCUUUAAUUUAAUUGCUUUGAGACAGCUGAAAUCUGAUCUCACUAGUGCUUCGACUUAGUUUAUUAGCAGAAAUGUAACUUUAACCAGUUAAAAGUUAAAAAAAUAAUCUGAAAAAAAAAAAGGUUCAGAAAACCAGAUUGGUUAGCGUUUUAGUGUUCCGUUUUACCGAUAUACUCAUUCUUUUUGUUUGUUUUAGUAACCGCUUUGAUAUUUUAAGACUUAACCAAUGACAGUGCUUAGUGCUUGUGAGUCGUAGUUGUUGUCUUCAUAUAUAUUCACUGCUUCUCUUUUUUUUCUAAAUCAAAGCGCAGUCUGAAAUACAGUUACAGCAUUUAGCAAGAAGAUCCAAACUAACGGGAAAACAAAAUAAUCAAAUCAUUACCAACAUUUGCUUUAAAAAAAAAUAUGAGCUGAUGUUUGUAGCAUUAAGUCACACUGUGCCCCCCCCCCCCCCCCCCCCCAGAGUCUGCGGUUUAGGUACUACCCACCCUGUAACUAGAAGAAGUUUCUUUUCAAAGUUGACUAUUCUAUUUGUCCUUUAGGCUGCCCUUCACGCUGUCAUGUGAAAAACAUUUACACCCAUUGUGUUGUAAUGA